AUGGGCUCCUUGCCUGGCGUCGUCUGCGAGUUCUGCAACAGAUGGUUCCCCAACGCCCAAGUUUAUGGCGGUCAUAAGUCACGGCGGACCCCUUGUCAAGGCCUUUCCGCCGUGGCAAGGCCCUCGCGAUCUGCACCGUCAGCCGGUCUACACGCACUGCUAUUCGUCCACGACAUUCUGUCGGACGCUCCCGCUGCUCCCGCUUCCCCUACCGCGUCUAACGCGUCCAACACCGACGGUGUGAAUGGUCCUCCUCGCGUCCCGGUAGCUGACGAGGACGCAACACCCUCGGCUGUGAACGUGGGGGCUCCUGAAUCUGAGCAUCAACCGUCACCAGAAACACCUGCAGAUAACACGAGUGAGCAUCAGGGGUGCCGCCCUGGAGUGAGUCACGCGGCACCGCCGACAAUCAUUUCCGGGGAGAGCAAUGCGACGCCCCUCAGUCCGAUUGCGUUGAAACUGCUGCAUUUCGUGAGGCGCGUAAAUGGCGGAAUGGGCAUGGCGGAGAUCGACAUCAAUGGCCUGCUUCAGCUCGUGGUGGAGCCCGGCCUUGCGCCUCUUGUGAUCUCAGAGAUCCGGAACUGCAAGGAUCUGGAGCGGUUCGAGAUGGAGCGCUUGGUAGGGCUCAAUCGCGGAUGGUCAGUGGCGACCUUCGAGAUUGAGGGUCAUCCGCCACAGCGCCUCCUCUUCCAGAACUCCGCGCAGGCGUUUGCUGAACUGUUUGGGCACACCAACAACGCACCCGGCUUCAAGCUCAAGGCUCGUGUUGAUGAGGACCCUGACACAGGCGAGCGUCGCUAUACCACGCCAGAAACAGGAACGUGGUGGAACGAUGCUCAGGAACACUUCGGAUGGUCCGAAGUCGUGGGGGGUAUCAUCCUGUAUUCGGAUGUGACGCACAUGAGCAACAACGGCCGGAAGAAGGCGUGGCCGCUCAUGAUGACGCUUGCCAACAUCUCCCAGGCCAAGCGAUGGGGGAAAGCCGGGCACACGCUACUUGCUCUCCUUCCUAUCCCCCCUUCUGCAAUGACUGCCGUCGAGAAGGUGAUGCUCUUCCAGCGAUGCGUCAUCACCGUGCUGCAGCCGCUUCUUGAUGGCAUGGACAGGUCCGUACUCGAUUUCCGUCAUGCUAUGUCGUCACCGUAG